UGUUCUUAACGUCUUGUUCGAAGGCCUAUCGAAAUUUAUUUUGAUUGUCCAUAGAAGAAUUAACUUUUUACGAGGCGAUACAAUUUUUAAAAUUAUUUAACUAUCAUUUCUUAAGGACUGGUAUUUUUUCCAGUAAUAGUUUCAUGGGGAUAUUAAUCCGUAGUUGAUAUCCCCAGUGUUAAGUGUACAACAUACAAGCUGUAAAGUAAAGUGUAUCCUCGCCUUUAAGGAAUAUAAAAACCAAGUAGUCCUACCUGUAAUUAAGCUACAUUGGGCCUACAGUUAAAACUCCUAAAUUAAAAUGACAUCGGUUUCAUCUCCCUCCGUUGAACUAAGCUCUUACAGAGAUCAACACUUUAAGGGUUCAAGAGGUGAACAAGAAAGACUGUUAAGAGUUUCUUCAACGCUUUAUGUUGGAAAUUUGUCUUUCUUCACAACCGAAGAACAAAUUUACGAACUCUUUUCAAAAUGUGGAGAUAUCAAACGAAUCAUCAUGGGGUUGGACAAAUACAAAAAGACACCGUGUGGCUUCUGUUUUGUCGAGUACUACACAAGACCUGAUGCGGAGAACUGCAUUAGAUAUAUCAACGGAACACGACUUGACGAUCGGAUUGUCCGAACUGACUGGGAUGCAGGGUUCGUGGAGGGCAGACAAUAUGGACGUGGUAAAACUGGCGGACAGGUGCGUGAUGAAUACCGCACAGACUUUGACGGCGGCCGAGGCGGCUAUGGGAAGAUCAUCCAGCAGAAGGUAGCCACACCUGAAGUUGCAGCUUUCCGAUAAUCAUCUGACAUCAAUCCCGACUGACGACUUCAGACAUCAAUAUCGAUUGUAUUAAAGUAUGAUACUCCAUACUCAAACAUUUUUAUACAGUAACUUUUUACUAAAUAUCAUCCAAAAACAUAGAGAAAGAUACUGUUGUAUUGUAGCAUCUAUUAUUUGUACCGGGGAAUGAGCAUUGAUUGAUGUUGCUUUGUUGAGGUUACAAAUCAUAAAACAUACGAGUACAACAAUAGUCAAUAAUACAAUGAUAUCACCGAAUACUCUCUAAAAUAAGUAAUCAAAUGAAUUACAUGAAACAAAACUAUCAACCAAUCAAUCAAUCAAACAAUCAUCUUAUCAUAUUUAAGUAUUGGUGCUAUCUAUACAACAUUUUGUCAUUGUACAUAAUUCAAAACCAUUGUAAAUAAACAUGCAUUACUGAUAAAGCCAACAAAAACAGUAUUUGAAAACAGCAUGUAGGUUUAUAGGCCUAUACUUUAUAUGACAUCGAGCUACUACCCCUUUGUCAAUCAUGCAUUCUAGACAAUAUACAUAUCGUACAGUUUUGUUCUGAGCCUACAGAAAAUGUAAUUUACUUACCCAGCAAUGAGAAAUCUAUUCUUAUAAAUAUAUUGACAUGUAAACCUACAAAAAUACUAAAUAGUUAUAAAAUACUAGGGAGGUGUGCGAAGCAUCAAAAUAUUUUUAAUUUGAAGCAGUAAUUCGAUUCAAAAGAUAUUCGAUUCGAAGCAAUACGGCAUUUUUCUAUUCUUACUUGUCAAUGGAGUGGAUUAACAAUACUUUAAUUUAUUACAUUUGUGUAAUGCAAAUUUUUGUUGAUGUGGUAUUAGGCCUAUUCAUAAUAUAACAUAUGAAUUUUAUGGGAAAAAAUAUUUAUUUUCAAACAUAUAUUAGAAUAACCUGUAUUGCUGGAAAUGUCAGUGAGCUGCUUAACUUGCCUAUUUCAUAACUUUUACUUACAGAAUCAUAUUGUUAAGCAUGUUACAUAUUUUAUAAUAUUGAUUUUACAAAUAAAGAUAUAUGUUUUGGUGUAAACAAAUAAAAACAUUUGUAUGAUUUAUACAACUUUCAAUUGGUUUGCAUUGAUGAAAUGAGAGGAUAGAAUCUACAAAAAUACCAAAUUCAUCACUCUAAAACAUCAAUCUUACUAGUUAAGUAUCAAGUAACAAUUUUUCAGACUUAUUUUUAGAAUGAUUUUGGAGUAGCCUAUCUUGUUUUGGCUAUGUUCACAGUAGUAAAACAUGUCUCACACUGCUUACACUUAACAAGAUUUAUCAUCAUUUGCAAUGUCAAACUAAAAAAAUUAUAAAACAGUUAAAGCAAUAUUUACAUGAAAAUAAUUAAUUAAACAAGAACGCCUUCGUAAAGGAAACGCAACAGCAACACGCUCCUGUAUUGCGGGUAUUGCGUUGACUUUCUGCAGGCGUUUUUCGUAUAUGGAUACUGAUACCCCCAUGAAUCAAAUAGUUUUUUGACCACCACUGAAUGGAAUCGCAAUUUGACACAUUGAAUCAGAAUUUCGAAGCAUCGCACAUCCCUAUAAAAUACCCUCGCUGCAGAAAACCUGCACACAAAUUUAAUUUCUAUAUAACUUUCAACCAACAGUAAUUGUAAUUAUAUUAUUUAUUGGUUCCACCUGGAAAUUGGCCUCAUUUUCAAUUUAGCUAUAUUUAAUGAAGUAAGAAACAAGAAUGUGAAUUUCUCAUCUGUGAACAAACCCUCCUUGUUCUUUAUUUAACUAACAAACAUUUUUAUUUUUACAACUCUCAAUGACAAUCACAUGAUAUUAGUCGUAAACUAAGAUGUUUCUAACAAUUUAGAGGAAAUAUUUAGUGAGAAGUUUUUGAAAUCAUCAUUACAGGAUUUAUUCAAUAACUUCCUUCCUCAUUGCAUCCAAAUCAUAGCAAAUAUUGGUCUCUUCAAAAAUCUACUGAAAACAGCUGAUUUUGGAAAACAUACCUCAUACAAACUAAGCUAAUGUUUCCCCAAGGUUUGGAUGCUGAUAUCUUUAUCUUUGUUGUUUGAUGAUUUUUAUUUUGCGGUCUUUGUAAAUAUUACGAGUAUGGUGUGUACUGAAUUGUGUUGUGUUGUAUUUAUUUAGGUAUAGUGAAAAUAAAGUUUUGUAAUUUUCAAA